AUGUCAUACGACGAGCAGGAUCAGACAGCCGAGGUGAUCGAGGAUUACCAGAGCGCCUUGGAUGGCUUGACCAUGAACUCUCGGUUCGAAAUCACGAACCUGACCCAGAUUGCAAGAGACUUGACCAACUAUGCCUUCCCAAUCGCAGAGACUCUGGAGCAGCACAUUAAGAAAAGGAAGCUCCCAGCCAUGUACGUCUUGGACUCCAUCGUCAAGAAUAUUGGCACCCCUUACACCUUGUUCUUCGGCAAGAAUCUAUACUCGACAUUCAUGGACUCGUAUGCCUCAGUCAACGACAACACACGCAGGAAAAUGGAGGAGAUGUUGAAGACUUGGAAAGAGCCCGUCCCUGGGUCCAUUGACAAGAACCCUGUCUUCCCUCCUGAUGUGGUGCGCCCCAUCGAGAACGCCUUGAUUAAGGCCAGGACUUCGGCUCUCCAGGCUCAUCAGGAGCAAAUGCGCACCCAACACCAGCUUUUUGGCAGAGGGGGACGACCUGUUGUUGCACCCCAUCGAAACACGCCAACCCCUCCGAAUGCCCGCCAGCAGUUCAAUCAGCCCCAACCGCCUCACGCUGGGAUCAAUGGCCAUCGACCUGAAUCAGCCCUCGGCCAGCCAGCAUACCCACAGCAUCCACCUGCCCAAUACCCAGGGUCAACACCGCAACCACACAUGUCAACCCCGGCCGCUGCGCCUUUCCAGCCACCACCUUUUGGUUCUUACGGUGCCCCUGCUGCUCAACCUGGAAUAAGCAUAGAUUCCUUGAUUAAUGAAAUCGAGCAACUCGUUGUUGCCGCCAGGGCUGAACUUGGGAGGUCGCCAUAUGAUACUAGUAUACAGACGGAGCUGAAGGCGCUGUUGGAUCUGCAGACGGUUCUGAAGACUCGCGGGGCAAUGCUGUCGCAAGAGCAGUUGGUGCCUGUGAAGACUCAAGUAGCUAAUCUUGCUGUAAAAUACCGGGCCUCAAAUGCCCACCAGACUGUCACUCCUACACCACCCAUCCACGGACCCCCAUACCAUGCCCCUAUGCAGCAUCCGCCGCAACAAAUAGCACCAGUAGCCCCUGCGCCGCCUGCUUCGGCUCCACCAGCUCCUGUGUCUCUUGACGCACUGCUUGGUAAGGGUGCUCUGGCUGCGUUGCUGAGCCGACGGUCUGCCACACCUCAAGUCCCAACACCUCAACCGCAACCGGCAACUGUUGCUGCUCUGCGGUCUCCUACUCUACCAAAGGCUGAGCCGCAGAAGCCCGCCACUCCUGAUCCGAUGGCAUUGUUGGGUGCGCUGCGUGGUGUCGGUCUCAUACCUCCCACGCCACAGUCCGGCGGAACGCCCCUGAGCAAACCACUUGGGCCUCCACCACCCACUGCAGCAGCCGCCAAUACGGCUUCUGUCACGACACCUACUCCUGCGGCUGGAGGAAUUUCAUUACCACCAAACCUUGCCAGCAUUCUUGCGUCGGCCCGCAACCUUGCUGCAUCGUCAGCACCGCCGCCAGUCGUUAUCACGAGUGGUGACAUUAGUUUGACGACAUCUUCACUGAAACAAUUCCGACCCCAUCUUGUCCCCACCAUAUACGAGGCAUUGGGCCCUCCAUGUACCCAGUGUGGGAGACGCUUCAAAACCGACGAGGAGGGAAGGAAGAAGAAGACCGCUCACAUGGACUGGCACUUCCGAGUACAUCAAAGGAUCGUCGAGGCAGAGAAGAGGGGUCAGCACCGCAGUUGGUAUGUGGAUCAGGCGGACUGGAUAAAAUCCAGAGAGACAGUCGACGACAACCAAGCCGAUGCCGACGCCGAUGCAGCCAACAACGCGGCCGCCUCCUCAGCCGCUAAGUCUUCCGGCCCGAAGAUACAGUACAUCCCUGUGCCGGAGGACGGAGACAACACUAAUACAGUCUGCCCCAUCUGCCAAGAGAAGUUUGUCACCAAGUGGCUCGAUGAGGCACAGGAGUGGGUGUGGACGGACGCCGCGCGAGUGGGCGGUCGGGCCUACCAUGCGAGCUGCUAUGCGGAGGUGACCAAGGAUGGGGGCAACACGCCCAUGUACGGCGGCGGCGGUGCCAGAUCGACGCCUGACCAUGUCCUGGGGAAGAGGAAGGCUGAGGGUGAGAUGGGAAAUAUCCGGGGAGGCCGACUCAAGAUGGACACAUGA